GUUUUUUUUUUUUUGGAAGGGCCCUCCUUCACCCAAGUGUGCUCCCAGAGUGACACAAAGCACCAGUUAAAGGAGAAACUUUUAUUUAGGUCUCCAUUGUUAAGUGCGGCUGAACUAGCGCGUGUGGCAGGUUUUCCUGUGUGUUUUCUUUUGAGAUGGAUCGGAUGGUAAUUAAGAGGGAAGUCAUACAAGGGUUUGAGGCUUAGAGCUGUAUAACAGAGCAGUUGGGGGAGCCCUGGCAAAGCAAGACUGCUGCUGUGUGCACUGUAGUAUUAGGAUUCCUCUCAUCGACACGUACACGUACCUUGUGAGUCAUGCCUGCCGGACACCGGGAAUCCAUCCCAGACACCCCCACUUCCUGUGUGCAUUGAGUGAUCCACCAGGCAGAAGGACGCAUCGGUGAUAAAUGCCGUGAAGAAAAUAAAAUGUGCUGACGGGCAUCUUUUAACAUCUUUGUGUUUUCCAGACCAAAGGGUUUAGAUUGUGACUGUAGAUAGGAGAAAUAGAAAUGAAGGUGCAUAUACACACGAAAUUCUGCCUCAUUUGUUUGCUGACAUUCAUUUUCCAUCACUGCAACCACUGCCAUGAAGACCAUGACCAUGGCCCUGAGGAGCUCCACAGACACCAUCGUGGGAUGACAGAGUCGGAGUCAAGCAAAUUUUCAGUGCAGGAUGCUGAAAAUGAAAAAAAGUACUAUAUUGAGAAACUUUUUGACCGUUACGGUGAAAAUGGAAGGUUAUCAUUUUUUGGUCUGGAGAAACUUUUAACAAACUUGGGCCUUGGAGAGAUCAAAGUCGUUGAGAUUAAUCAUGAGGACCUUGGCCAUGAUCAUGUUUCUCACUUAGACAUUCUGGCAGUUCAAGAGGGAAAGCAUUUUCAUUCACACAACCACCAGCAUUUCCACAAUCACUUAAAUCCAGAAAACCAUACCACUACCAGUAUAACAUCAAAAAGAAACCACAAAUGUGAUCCAGAAAAAGAGGCAGCUGAAGUACCCAUCAAAUCUGAUGAUAAACACCUGCAUGACCACAAUCAUCGUUUACAUCAUCGCCAUCGUCUACAUCAUCACCUAGAUCAUAACACGACUCGGCGUGUCCAUAAUGAUUCUGUCACUCACAGUGAGCAUGGGGAGCCUGGUCACGGGCCUUUGACAGAGACCAAUAAAACACAAGAACAAUCUGAAGUUAAGUCGUUGAAGGUCAGGAGGAAGGAAAAAGGGAAGAGAAAGAAAGAAAACUCUGAGGUUAACACACCAGGCUUCCUCCCCAACCAUGACCACAGUGAACAAUAUGAGCAUAAUCGGGUUCACAAACUUGACCGUGUACAUAGCCCAGGUCAUCCCCAUGUACAUCUUCCAGAGCACGAUGGUCAUGAUCUUGGUCACGGACACCAAGAUCUUGAUCCUAAUAAUGAAGGUGAACUUCGACACACUAGAAAGCGAGAGGCACCGCAUGUUAAAAAAAGUGCAAUUUAUUCCACUCCCAGCCACAAAGACCAUAAUGAAGACGACCGCCAACAUGAAUGUUUGAACGUCACUCAGUUGUUAAAACACUAUGGUCUUGGUGCCAACUCUCCCAUCUCACCUGAUCUGUUUACGUACCUUUGCCCUGCGUUGCUGUAUCAGAUCGACAGCAGACUUUGUAUUGAGCAUUUUGACAAACUUUUAGUUGAAGAUUUAAAUAAGGAUAAAACUCUGGUUCCUGAAGAUAAGGCAAAUAUAGGGGCAUCAGCGUGGAUCUGUGGCAUCAUCUCUAUCACUGUCAUUAGCCUGCUUUCCUUGCUGGGCGUGAUUUUGGUUCCCAUCAUCAACCAAGGAUGCUUCAAGUUCCUCCUCACCUUCCUUGUCGCACUGGCUGUGGGGACAAUGAGUGGGGAUGCCCUUCUUCAUCUGCUGCCCCAUUCUCAGGGUGGACAUGACCACAGUCAUCAGCAUACGCAUGGACAUGGUCAUUCACACGGACAUGAAUCUAAGAAGUUUUUGGAAGAAUAUGAUGCUGUGUUGAAAGGACUUGUUGCACUAGGAGGCAUUUACUUACUGUUCAUUAUUGAACACUGCAUUCGAAUGUUUAAGCACUACAAGCAGCAAAGAGGCAAACAGAAAUGGUUUAUGAAGCAGAGCACAGAAGAAUCGGCUAUCGGAAGGAAGCUUUCAGAUCAUAAGAUAAACAGCACACCGGAUGCUGACUGGCUCCAACUCAAGCCACUUGCUGGGACUGAUGACUCGGUUGUUUCUGAAGAUCGACUGAAUGAGACUGAACUGACGGAUUUAGAAGGCCAACAAGAAUCCCCUCCUAAAAAUUUCCUGAGUGUGGAGGAGGAGAAAAUCAUGGACCAUUCUCACAGUGAUGGAUUACACACCAUUCAUGAGCAUGAGAUCCAUGGAACUUCUCACAACCACCACGACGAGGCUAAGGCUGUGCUGAGGAAGCACAGCCACCAGCGGCACCACAAGCACUCCCAUCACUCCCACGGUCCCUGCCACUCGGGCUCAGAUCUGAAAGAAACAGGAAUCGCCAACAUCGCCUGGAUGGUGAUCAUGGGGGACGGCAUCCACAACUUCAGUGACGGGCUGGCCAUUGGGGCAGCGUUUAGUGCUGGAUUGACGGGAGGAAUCAGUACUUCAAUAGCCGUCUUCUGUCAUGAGCUGCCACAUGAAUUAGGUGAUUUUGCAGUUCUUCUGAAAGCAGGCAUGACUGUAAAGCAAGCGAUUGUGUACAACCUGCUCUCAGCCAUGAUGGCUUACAUCGGGAUGCUCAUCGGCACGGCUGUGGGUCAGUAUGCCAACAACAUCACACUCUGGAUCUUCGCAGUCACAGCAGGCAUGUUCCUCUAUGUGGCCCUGGUGGACAUGCUCCCGGAAAUGCUUCACGGUGACGGCGACAAUGAAGAGCACGGCUUCUGUCCAGUGGGGCAGUUCGUUCUUCAGAAUUUAGGACUGCUGUUUGGAUUUGCCAUCAUGCUGGUGAUCGCCCUUUAUGAAGACAAAAUUGUGUUUGACAUCCAGUUCUGACCAUUCCCAGGUUGAUUGCGAGAAUGUUCGUGCAGCUUGCCUCUGUUCCUUGUCCUGUAUGCACAUUGCUCAGGGAUUCAGUGGCCUGCACUACUCACAGGUUCCGUAGAGUUGAGCCUAACCAUGAAAGACUGGUGCUCAGUGCUGUUUUCUCUGCAUGAAUGGAUCCUUUAAAAACAAAGUUUGUGAUAAAGACAGGAGAAAAUGGGACUCCAUGAACCAAUGUCGAUAGCAGUUUAAGACUUUACAAAAGAGAGAAUCAUAUAAAACACUAGUCUUUUUAUUAGUAGAAACUUCUGUGGCUAUGCAGAAAUAGAAAUUAAACCAAAAAAAAAUCAUUUAAACUUUAAAAAUAUUUUAAAUGGACUCUGAGCAGACAUUUUUGUGUGUAUGCUAAGAAUGAAUUUUAGUGUCCUUUAAUUCAGCUACAUAUAUACAUAUGGGGUUAAUAGGGAUCAACUUGACACAACUUUGAAACUGUAUAAAGUCGACUUUAGGAACUAGAGGGACACCCAGGCUGCGUUAGAGUAUGGAUUUAGCAUUGGGGAAAGCCCGUAUUCUUGAAUCUAGAGUUACUAUUUUUGUAUAUAUUUGCAUAGUGUUCAAACUUGCAGCCUAAACUACUGAAAUUUGUGAUUGUAUGUUUGUGUGAACUUCAGUUUAAUGAAAGAUUCUUAAUGGUUCUUUGCAUUACUAUACUUGGUGUUGGGGUUAUUUUCUUUUUUAACUUUGUUUUUAUUUGUGGGGGUGAGUCAGAGCAUGUAGUCAGAUACCUUUUUCUUAAAAUUACCAUUCUAGAAAAUAUCAAAGAUGUGGCAUUCCAUUUGCCUAGCACCAACUAGGUUGAUGGGAAAAUUUUAAGUUCUGAGUGUUCACGUUACUUUACCAGUUUGGCAUUGGCACUCAGAGCACAUGCCGUGGCAGGCAGUAAAAUCUAAGUUUGCCAUGCCUGUAGCCUGUAUAUAAAACGUCAGCUAAAAGUCACUGCGCUGGUACCAUGGCUGCUGUGGUCCCACGUACAUGACUAAGCCAAAAUCACUUUAUCAUUUUGUGCCAAGAUACACUGCUGGUGCCUGAUAGGGAUAGUCUGUGUGUGGGUGCCUGCUCUCACACCGUGGUGAAGGGAUGUGUGAGGAGUGUAAGUCGUGUUCAGCUUGAACUACUGGGACUCGGUAACUUGUAGACUAGUCAUGUGCAUCUUUCUGUUUAGACCUCCUGCUGCUCGCUCUUCACUUUCGGAAGUGAACUGUGUCUGAAUCGUGCGCAGCUAGCUUUAAUGCUUGGCAGCCAGGAUUGCCCUUGAAAAAAACAAACUGUAAGAGCCAAACCCUGUCCGUUCCAUUUUAAAUGAUUUCAUUCAGUCCUUUCCCAGUUCUUUUAGUCUGUGAAUUUUCUAAGACAAAAACAAAAGUCUGAGAGCAGCACAUGCAUCAAGGUGUUAGAUAAUCACCAGUAUCCCUUCGUCGUGUUCUAAGCGAGGGCUCCCUAGGUGUUAUUACUUCUGUAACCUAGGCUUGAAUUAGAGCAGUUGUCUUUCUGAGCCCUCCGUGAAGUAGUGGUUUUGUGCACGUUUUCAGCCCUGGGCACAGCUGGGACAGUCUGGCCUUUCACCUCCUUGCCUGGCCCUUUGAGCAACCUUGCUGGAAGGGGCCAGUGUACUGAGUACUACCAACUUCAAGUGACUCAGAUAUUUUGCUUUCAAAACCAAGAUACAUUUCUAGUUCAUAUUUGAGUUUUACACCCAAGGAGGAUUAUGCAUUCCAGCGUUAAAUCUGCUUCAUUUAAAACAACAGCUGGAAUAGACUCCCAUUCUAAAAGGCCUCAUUUACAGCUGAUGGGUUAUGCUCACAGUAUAUAAAGUUUGUCUUUAUUUGCUAGACCUUCUUAACCGUGUAGGAAAGCUUUAACAGUUGCUGCUAGUAUUUGGAUAGGGUUCCACCAGUGUUUGGUUUUGACGUCGUUUUAAUGUAUAGUUUCAGGUCUCACUAGACAAUCCUAAUUCCACUACAUUUCUGUUUGGCUCCAACAUUCCACUUCGCUGACCAGUCCAGUUUUAACAGAUGCUUGUUGGAGGUCACCAAUGUUACUUGUACAAUGCUGUCGCCAUGUGACAUCCGUAUGGAUUUUGGUGUUCUAUCACAUUGCAUUCAAUCAGCUAUGAUUAUGCUUAGAAAUACUAUAGUAGCUAGGUGCACUGUGACCCUUUUCCAUUAACAGUAAGUCAGUGGCUUAAAUGUGAUUAUGGUCCUGCAAGGUGAUACUUGCUAAAAUAUCUAAACAUUUUUUGUUGUAACUGAAUCAUUUUUUUUAAAAUUUAUAAAGCUGGAAGUGAUCAAAUGCUGUUUUUUCAUUGUCAACAGUGGUGUGUCAUUUUAUAUACGUUCCUGAUGCUUAUGGAACUCUCCCAAAAUAAAGUUAUUCAAAAAGAGAAAGAAAGUGCACUGGAGUUUUUUCAGUCUAUCUCAGAAC